AUGAUGGACAGCCGCAUCCUGGAGCAUCCCCAUGCCCAGUUCGGGGGGAUGGUGGGUUUCCCUUACCCGCUCGGUCACCAUCACGUUUACGAGCUGGCCGGGCACCAGCUGCAGUCGGCGGCCGCCUCCGUCCCCUUCUCCAUCGAUGGAUUACUGAGCGGCUCCUGCGCCGCCUCCGUGGUCAACCCGGCGCCGCUCAUCCCCUCGGGCUGCGGGGUGAGCGGGGACAGUCAGCCCUUCAAGCUCGCAGACUCGGGUGACCCGGACAAAGAAAGUCCUGGCUGUAAAAGAAGACGAACCCGCACCAAUUUUACUGGCUGGCAGCUAGAGGAGCUGGAAAAGGCGUUUAAUGAGAGUCAUUACCCGGACGUGUUUAUGCGAGAGGCUCUGGCUCUCAGACUGGACUUGGUGGAGUCCAGAGUGCAGGUCUGGUUCCAAAACCGCCGGGCCAAAUGGAGAAAGAAAGAGAACACGAAGAAGGGCCCGGGGCGGCCGGCUCACAACUCCCACCCCACGACGUGCAGCGGGGAACCUAUGGACCCUGAGGAGAUCGCCCGUAAGGAGCUAGAGAAGAUGGAGAAGAAGAAGCGCAAGCACGAGAAGAAGCUCCUCAAAAGCCAAAGCCGCCACCUGCACUCGCCCAGCGGCCUCUCCCUGCACAGCACGCCCAGCUCCGACAGCGACAGUGGCGGCGGGGGGGGUCUGUCGCCCGCCCCGCCUGAGGCCAAGCCCCGCGGGCAGCCCCCACCGCCCCACCCGCCACCCCCCGCUGCCGCCCCCUCCGAGCCGCCCCCCGGCACCUGCGACCAGACGGCAGAGCCCUUCUACCCCAGCCAAAGAAGCGGGAACGGGCGGCUCCAGCGCCCGCCCGACAAGGACUGCGCGGCCGCCCCGUCGGGGGACGGCAGCGGAGGUGCGGGGGGGCCCCGUGGCGCUGGCGGCUUCCACAAGCUCAACCCUUUCAGCGUGGAGAGCCUCCUCUCCGACUCACCCCCGCGUCGCAAAGCCGCCCCGGACUUCCCCAGCCUCCCCCCCUGUGCUCCCCGCACCCUUAUCGGCAAAGGACACUUCUUGCUUUACCCCAUCACCCAGCCCCUGGGCUUCCUCGUCCCGCAGACCGCCCUCAAGGCCAGCCCGGGCCCCGAGGCCGGUCAGCCACCCCGGGACUCCCCGCUGCCCGCCGCCAAUCCCGGCCCGCCCGGCUGCAACGCGGAGCCGGCGCCCGUCGGUGCGCAGCCCGGCCCCGGCUCCACGGACUCGGCGGCGGCGGCCUCGCUGCCCCCCGCCCCGGCUGGCGCUUCUCCCCGCUCCGCGUCCGCACACGGUGACCCGGCGGCGGCCGCCCCCGCGGAAGGUGGCAGCUUCCCCCGGCCCAAAUCGCCGGUCCGAGCGCGAGAGGCCAGCACAGCCAGGGACAGAUCGGACUGCGGCCCCGCCGACGGAGAGGAGGUGGACAUGGACUGA